GCCACCACCAACGCCCGUACUUCCCCAGGUCGUCCGACCUGCACGGCGCCACCUGCCAGGUGCGCUUCGCAGAGGCGCCGAGGCCCCGGAGCCCGAGAGCGCGGUGGCCGUCGGGCCGCGUCCCCGUAGCGAGGGCCGCCAUGGCCUUCUCCCAGGUGCAGUGUCUGGACGACAACCACGUGAACUGGCGUUCCAGCGAGUCGAAGCCCGAGUUCUUCUACAGCGAGGAGCAGCGGCUGGCCCUGGAGGCCCUGGUGGCCCGGGGUCGCGACGCCUUCUACGAGGUGCUGAAGCGCGAGAACAUCCGCGACUUUCUGUCGGAGCUGGAGCUCUCGCGUAUCGUGGCGGCCAUCGAGGUGUACGACCCCGGCUCUGAGGACCCGCGGGGCUCGGGCCGCCGCCCCGAGCUCCAGGACAACGGAGGCGCCGAUGCCAGCGAGGAGGCCAGCGCGGCGGGCGGGCCCCCGGCCACGGCCGAGCCGCUGCCCUCGCUGGAGUACUGGCCCCAGAAGUCGGACCGCUCCAUCCCGCAGCUGGACCUGGGCUGGCCUGACACCAUCGCCUAUCGAGGUGUGACCCGGGCCAGCGUCUACAUGCAGCCGCCCAUUGACGGGCAGCCGCACAUUAAGGAGGUGGUGCGCAAGAUGGUCAGCCAGGCUCAGAAGGUGAUAGCUGUGGUCAUGGACAUGUUCACUGACGUGGACAUCUUCAAGGACCUGCUGGAUGCUGGCUUCAGGAGGAAGGUGGCUGUGUACAUCAUUGUGGACGAGAGUAAUGUCAAGUACUUCUUGCACAUGUGCGAGCGGGCCCGAAUGCACCUGGGGCACCUCAAGAAUCUCAGGGUACGCAGCAGCGGGGGAACCGAGUUCUUCACACGGUCAGCCACCAAGUUCAAGGGUGUCCUGGCCCAGAAGUUCAUGUUUGUGGAUGGAGAUCGGGCUGUGUGUGGCUCCUACAGCUUCACGUGGUCGGCUGCAAGGACGGACCGGAAUGUGAUCUCUGUGCUGUCUGGGCAGGUGGUCGAGAUGUUUGACCGGCAGUUCCAGGAGCUGUACCUCAUGUCCCAGAGCGUCAGCCUCAAGGACAUCCCCAUGGACAAGGAGCCAGAACCGGAGCCCAUUGUGUUGCCGUCUGUGGUGCCCCUAGUACCCACAGGCACCAUGGCCAAGAAGCUUGUCAACCCCAAGUAUGCACUGGUUAAGGCCAAGAGUGUGGACGAGAUUGCCAAGACUUCCUCUGAGCAGGAGGUUGCCAAGCCUGCGGGGCUGCGGGGCCCUGCAGUGGCUGAACGCCCAGGGGACCUCUCUGAGCUGCUCCCACCUGUCCACCCGGGGCUGCUCAACCUGGAGAGGGCUAACAUGUUUGAGUACUUGCCCACGUGGGUGGAGCCAGAUCCAGAGCCUGGCAGUGACAUCCUGGGCUACAUCAACAUCAUCGACCCCAACAUCUGGAACCCUCAGCCCAACCAGAUGAACCGCAUCAAGAUCCGUGACACAGCUCACGCCAGCACCCAGCACCAGCUGUGGAAGCAGAGUCAGGGGCUGCGUCCGUGCCCAGAAUCCUGCCCUCCCCCAGCACCCAGGGACACCCAGGGUGUGGUCCCAGCUGAAAAUGGCUUCCCCCAGGGGAACCCCGAACCACAGGCCCCUGUACCUAAGCCCCGGACAGUCCCUGUGGCAAGUGUACUUGCUCAGGAUGGUAGCACUAUUGGUUGUGCUUUGGAUACCCCAGAAAAGGAGACACCCCCAAACGGGAUGGACCCCAGACUAUCCAGCACAACCAGCCAAAGCCAGGCCCCACUACAGCGACAGUUAUCUGUGACCCAGGAUGACCCCGAUGGCCUGGAGACAGGACUCCCCAAUGGGCUCGAUGGGGAAGAGGAUGAUGACGAUGACUACGUGACCCUCAGUGACCAGGACAGCCUCUCAGGCAGCUCUGGCCCUGGCCCCCGGCGACCCUCAGUGGCCUCAUCCAUGUCAGAUGAGUACUUUGAAGUGAGGGAGCGGUCAGUACCUCUCCAGAGGCGCCACUCAGAGCAGAUGGCCAAUGGACCAGGCCACCCACCUCAACGGCAGCUGAGUGCCCCUCAUGUAACCCGAGGAACCUUUGGUGGUCCCCUGAGUGGCCCCCUGUGGGCCCAGGGUUCAGGCAGAGAAGAUAUAGAUGCAUCAAGGAUGCAAGCACAACGCCCUGUGGACAGGCAGGCUCAGGGCCAGCAGUUCCACCGACAUGGAGGCACUACCUCAAGGACCUCAGGGCCUCCACGCUUCCGGCCUGCUGCUGAUGGUAGCCAGAGCUCUUCCAAGAAAGCAAUCCCAGCCACAGCAGGUCCCCACCACUGGCAGCCUAAGGGUAGCCCAACAUCCCGAAUGCUGCCAGAUCCUGGGAGCCCAAGGCCAACCCGAAAUACUCGCCUACGAGCGGAGCUCAGGGCCACUGAGGAACGCCCGAGUCCCUUCGGAAUCCCAUACUCCAAAUUGUCCCAGUCAAAGCACCUAAAGGCCAGGGCGGUUGGCAGCCAGUGGGCCCCAUCUGACUCCAAGCGUAGGGUCCGAGACCACAAGGAACCCUAGCAGCCCAGAUGGACCCUAACCCCGCCCCAGAGGGCAGCAGUUGGGGGAGGUGGGCGAUGUUGGCCCUCACCUGGUCAGUGCACCAAUACCAGGUGGCCAAGAUGGUCAGUCCAAAGGUCAUCCCAGUCCACGGGAGGUCUCCUGUGGAUGGGUCCCGGAACAUAUGCAUGGCGUCUGCCCUCGGCAGGUGGCAGGUGGUAUUGGGGAUGGUCCUGGAGGGGAUGGCCUGGGCAUAUGCUGCCUCCAGUUGCUCAUAACCACCAAUCUCGUUGAAAGCUGCAGGAGUGGGUGGAAUGGGUUGGUUUUGGGUUGCCCUAACUCCCUGACUCCUACCCUCAUCUCACAGAUAACUUCAUGCGUCAAACUGGAAUCUCUACCUCACCUUGCCUGUUCUAGGAAGGGCUGAGGUUAAAAAAAAAAAAAAAAAAAAAGGUGAAACAGAGUAUUUUAUUUGUAUUUAAAAUAAUAUUAAAUGAGCAUUUUGCACAUGGGCCCACAGUGUCCUGUUGGCCAGCAGGAAUCCUGGCUAGUCUCUGGAAGCCUGCUGUCUCAGGCAUGGGGUUCUCUGCCAGUCUUUGGACUGGCCCUUCAAGGAGGUGGAAGUGGUUUUCUCGGUAUUUGAGUCAUCUAGUAUUGAAGCCAUGACCUGAGCUUCUGAAGGCUGUGGCUUCCAGAGAGCUAAGACACUGCUAGCAUUGAGGCCCCCUCCUUCCAAGACACAGGGAAGGGAGGCAGAGGCUCCUCAGAGCCUUACAGAAGGCCUAGCAGGUAGGGCUCAGGCCAGGGGUCUUUCCUCUGAGUCUAGAACGUGUCCUAUCUACCUCAGGGUUGGGUGGUGCGAGGCCAAGCUCUGGCCUGGCUGUCUCUGUAGUUCCCUGUCCUCUCAUCCAGCCGGUGUCUGGCCAUUAGGCCCCUCACAUGCAGUAGGCUCUGGAGACAGGCUGCUACUCUGGGAGGAGCACACCUGGGUGUAGGGCAGCGUCUGACAUCUCCCAGGCCCCCGUUCCCAGCAGGGUGUGGAGCUGGGAGCCUAGGUAGGCCAGGGUCUGUUUCAGUAGGCAUCUGUGAGGAGGCCCAUAGGUGGCUGUGCCACAGGGUCCCAGGCUCUGAGCUGAGGCUUCAUCCUUAAAGCCACCCCCCUUGAGACCUCUUUCCCCCCUCCCUUCCCUGCUGUCUCCCUCCCAGGGCGUGAGUAGAACGCCCCUGUCUGUUUCUAAACUAGUGUUACCUGUCCAGCAUACCUCCUUCCCUGCAGGCUUUUGUCUGGCAGGAGACAACAUCACCUCCUGGGACAGGACUCUGACAUGACUUUAAGCACUGGAGGAAACACCUCAGCACUUUUGUGGUCUGCUAAUUGUGUGCCUGCCUGCCCAGCUGCCUGCUGCGGGGACUGCCCAGCCCUGAGGGAGCCUAGUCAGUGCCUCAGCACUGCGCCCCUGUAGGCAGGAGGGGGCAGAGCCCAUCAGCCUAGGAUGCCCACAGUGGGGCAAAUAAUUGGCCUAACCUUAAGAGCUCCUCAGGGUGCUAGGACAGCCCACCAGUGCCCAGCCCCCAGACCUCACCUUUGACAGCCAGAAUGACGGCGCCCACCACCAUGAUGACCGUCUGCAGCGCAUCUGUGUAUAUCACAGUGGCCAGGCCCCCUGCCAGGAACAAAGUGCCGGAAUGAGUGCCCCCUCCCUGAGUCAACAGAAUCUGAUGGAUGUCACCAGAGCUGUUGGUGGGGCUCUGUCCUUGCAGGUGGGUGAGCUGCACCUAAGUACCUAAGCAACCAGUUAGCCAGGCCCCAGCUCCCUGCUCACCACCCGUGAACUGGCCACUCUCAGGGGUCCCUGUGCUGCCCAUCAUCCUGGCUCCUUGCUCCUGCUGGGCUGUCAGGAUCUGUACCUGCGAUGGUGUACAGGGCGGUGAUGGCGAGCGUGAGGAUGGUGGACAGGUAGAAGUUCCAGCCCAGGCAGAUCUGGACAAACAGGGCUCCCGCGUACAGGUCAAUCUGGGGAAAGCGGAAUUGGGCAGAAGUCAGGCGUUACAGCGAGAUACAGGGCUCAGAGCCUGGGUGCUGUACUCACUGGCUUUGUGGCCUGGCCUCAGCCAUGAAUAUGGUUGUCUCAGGGAAGAGGAAUAGAGACCCUCCCGACCCCAGCUGUUCACUACCUGGUGGGGUGGCUGAGGGUGGGAGAGAGAACUGGCUGUGGGCAGCUGUGUGUCAUGUUCAGAUUAUGGCAGAUGUUACUGUCACAAUAAAAUUUUAAGUGGCCA